UUACAAUACCAGACUAGGCAACUGUCUUCGCUGUGGGUUCGGAAGAAUCAGAAGAGUAAGAACGUGGACAUAUCAGGAAUCCACCCUUUCCUUCCAUGACCGAAUACUAGGAAGGCUACAAAGAGAUAUCGAAUCUAUCUGCACAUUACCUAUUGAAUACCUCCUUCUAACAUCAAUCUUUCGCCUUUGUUCAAUUACAGCUUCAGAUAUAUCUACAUGUACCUUCGAAAUGGAGACAGCACUAAAAUUGCAGAUGGAGAAUUUUCAAGUCGGAUGGAUCUGUGUUCUUAACAUUGUGCUAGCCACCUUUUCAUGGGCCCAAGAAGGCCACCUCUGGAAAGCAGCAACAUAUGCGUCCAUGAGACUCCUACACAAAUAUCCCGCCACAAAAGGUGGGAUCCGAGGAGAUCACCGAAAACAAAGCAAAGGCCAGAGUAUUUCUAGAAACCUUCUUUCUGAAGAUGUGGAAUUAGGCCACUGCCCCUAUCGGUGGAAGCAAGCGCGCAUCAUAGUGCUGAGGAAAUCCAGGAAGCCAGACUACGGCUCAUCAGAAGCAUACCAACCUAUCUCUCUACUGAAUACCCUGGGGAAGGUACUAGAGGCCGUCAUGGCUCGCAGACUGUCAUUCUGGGCUGAGACCUAUAAACUACUUCCAGACACCCAGUUUGGAGGCCGGCUAGGACGGAAUACAGAACAAGCGCUCUUAACCCUGGCAAACGCGAUUGAUCGCGCAUGGCUACGGUUAAAGGUGAUCACACUGGUGGCAUUUGAUCUCAAAGGGGCAUUCAAUGGAGUGAAUGACUCAAGUCUUGAUGCCCGCUUGCAGGCAAAAGACAUCCCAACCGUAGCCAGACGCUGGAUCCGGAGCUUCAUGGAGAGCCAGUAUGCCAGCAUCUCCUUCGACGACUUUCAGACGGAGAUCUCCCCGCUCGAGAAUGCUGGCCUAGCGUAG